UGAAACAGAUUUCUAGAUAAUUACAGAUGAAUGGGAGUAGAUACGUGUGCAAUACACAUGUACGUGUAAUUGACAGAUUUUUAAAUUGGUUUGAAUAAAUAACUUUUGAAUUUUUUAAUGUUUAUUUAUUUAUUAAUUGAAUGUCACUUUACGCUGUUUGGAGAAAAAUAUUUUUAAAUUUUAAAUUUACGGAAUUUAGUGGAGGGAAAGUUCUACUGGUGAAUAAAUAUUUGAAAAAGUACUUUGGAGUAACUAAGUGUGUUUUCUUUGGGAUUGUGUCAGUAGAUUAAAAGAGCGCGCCAUUUAUAUGUAAUGUCAGUGUGCGCAGGCGACUUGCGCAUUUUAUUUACACCCGCGAGCCCCUCGUCGACGCCAGCACGUGAAGCACGUGCAUUGUAUUUAUAUAUAUUGUUUAAGACUUUUGUGUACAAAUUCACUAGCUGACAUUUUGUUUACAUUUUCAAAGUAUUAUGUAUAUGGAAUUAGUAUCGAUGUAUAAAUAUAUAAAAUAGUAUAUUGUCAUUUUUUGAGGUUACGGAGAUUUAAAAAUAAAUAUAAGGAUUAUUGAAAUGGCUGGCCAGCAACCGUCUUUUCCAUCGGGAUUUCCGGCACCUCAACAGCAAGCGAUGAUUAAUCAAUUUGGUGGGGGUCAAAUGGUACCAGAGUUGAUGGGCCCUCAGCAAGGAGGUAUGCCAGCAGGUCUAGUUAAUCCCCAACAGUUUGGGGGAAAUGUUGGUGGCAACGUUGGUGGCGUUGGCCCAAAUCCAAUGGGUAUUCCAACAGCUCAGCAAGUUAUGACCCAACAGCGUCAACAACUGGCCCAACAGACCCUCAUGCAGCAGCAGCUCCAACAAAUGCAACAGCAGCAAAUGCAAAUGCAGCAGCAGCAACAACAGACAGCGCAUGUCCCUCAGAACAGCCAAGCUGCUAAUCAGGUCCAGACACCUCAGACUCCUGUUCCUCAAGUUCAGCCGCAAAUUCAACAGCAGCAGCCUCAACCUCCUCAGCAACCGGCACAGCAGCAGCCACAGCAAAAGCAACAAUUCAAUACUGCUACUUUGUGUAAAUUAGGCCAAGAUAUGGUACACGAUAUUGUCAACCGAACUCUCGAAGUUUUUCAGAUUCUCAAAACUAUUCAACCUCCCAACGGUACUCAGCAAGGAGCUACUGUAGCAAAUGAGAGGCAAAAGAAGAUGCUGAACCAGCUACAAGCCAAUGUUUUAAUUUUUAAACGUCUCAGAAUGGUAUACAAUGCGUGUAAUGAAAAUUGUCAAUUACAGGGUAUGGAGUACACGCAUAUCGAGAGUUUAAUUCCAUUAAAAGAAGAAUGGGACAUGAAGUCAGAGGAAAAGAAAACCUCCGAAGCGUAUCGGCACGCUUGUGAGGAACGCAACGAAUUAAUUGAGCAAGUAACUGUCAAAAACCGUCAUCUCAAAGAAAUAAUCGAUCAUAUACGACUAAUUAUAUCGGAAGUAAAUAUAAUGUUGCACAUGCGGCGAUCUUAGGAUUAAUUUUAAUGAAUUUAUUUAUUUAAAAUAAAUUAUUUUAAAAAAUAAAUAUAUAUGUACAUUUAAUUAAUAAAAUAAAAUAUUACUAAAAUAAGAA